AUGUGGCUUCCGAACGAAAUCAUUAUGCUGUUGUUAAAAGCUCCGGUUAUUUCAUUCAUUUUGGCAGUUGGAAGUGGAUUGUCUUCAAAUGGCGGUUCUAAUAUAUUCGUGGAUGCAAACCCCGCGCAGUAUAUAAUUCUUGAAAUAAAUACGGAUUCAAAGAAAGAAGUCUAUCUGGUUCAAUUUGCAGACCAACCUCAAUCUCCGAAGUUUCAUGACUCACAUCGACAGAUAACUUCUAAUAUUAUCGAAGGAGAUGACGACAUUCGGCACAAAAAUUCCAAUAUCAUCGAAAAAGAUGAUGAAAUUCGACAGUCUAACGGAAAGCCCGACGGGAACGAGCCGGGAGCCGGAUCCACCAGCCGAGAAGAAGCGAAAGAGAUGUCGUCAUCUACGGAAAAUGUUUUAAAAUAG